GUCGAAGGUCUCACGUCAAACUAUCUCCUUGACCCUUCAACGCCUACACCGCAUUCUCGUCUUUCUCUCUCUUCCCCUCCUUUAAUCCUGCAACAUGCCGUCCAUCCCACCUCCCCUGACUAUAUCUCACCGCCAUACUCGGAGUCGCUCCUCCAACAUCGACAUCGACCCCAUUUCUCCUGGUACCUACGCUCCCAACGGCUUUUCCUACCGGUCGCCUCGGUCGCCUCAUACGCCUCGUUCAUCCAUCCCCUCUUCUCCGGUGGACGUCCGUCCUCACCACACUCAAUCAUUCAAUGGCUCCCAUAGAAUGUCGGGCGACUUCGGCGGUGCUGCCAACGAAGGCGGCGGACUAGGAAACCUGGCCGAUGAGCUCGCGGAUGCAUGGGAGGAGGAAGAAGGUGGUUACGGAUACACGUCGGGCCAGGAUGCCGGGGCCCCUGACGCACAGUAUGUGGAUCGCAGUGACGAUGAAGAUGCAUACCACCGCAUGGACACCGGGGCCCGCACACCCUCAUCGGGCUACUCGUCGGAACGGAAUUCUUCUCUGCAGCCUCCGAAGCCCAAGACCCGUAAUGGUGCCCAUCGACACCGGCGGCACGAGUCGCAAUAUGAUGGGUCCGAUUAUGGAAACGAUUCGGAUUUCGAGGAAGCGGAUAUGCCGCCUAGCCUGGAGAUGCAGAUGGCGGAGAUUGAGAGUCUGGCUCGUCGCGGACUAGAGAACAAUGGCAGUGAGAAUGACUUUGUGAUUCAACGGGCGGUGGAAGCUCUCCGGGAUCUUGGCGGGCAAAGUGGGAUUGAAAACAAUGCCAUGAGACUCAUCACUGCACACUCGUCCAUCACCUCACAUCUUACCCAUCAGACGCGGGCACUUCAGACCCUCACCCACCCUCUCCUUUUCUCGCCAUUCCCGCUCCUUUCCUCAGAUGCUAUAGAUGCGCUCAUUCCUCUCAUCGACGAAGAACUCCUGCCUAACCUCCCCUAUCCUUUCCCGGAACAGCCACGUCACUCCUCAAGACCCACUACCCCCUCCCAGUCACCGGCCCUGAACCCUCUCGUCUCCCUGCAGACCCUUGUGUCGCAGACAUCCGACAUCACCCUGUCGCUCCGGGGCCUGAGCGAUACGCUGUAUGAGUCGCGCCAGCUUACGUCCACGGCAUCGCGACGACUCCGGUCUGCUCGCGAACUUGUAGCCGACCUCCGCCGUGAGGAAGAAGGCGUCGAGGAGGGGACCCGGUGGAUCGAACGAGGUGACUGGGACCGCCGACUCCGGGAUCGCGAAGCCGGCCGAGUCUGCGGAGACGUAGUCAGUGGCUUCGAGGCGGUGUGCGGUGAAUGGCGAGAGAAGCUCUUCGGGGCAGCCGCUGGAGCCGAAGUGGCUGCUGCUUGAGAUGAUGACUAUUUCUUUAAGGUAAAAGGGGAGGGAUAAUGGAUAUAGACAAGGACGGAUGCUACCAGUUUCUUCUUCUUCUCACGGGAUAAAUUUUUUUUUGUCUUCUCUUUUUUUGCCCUUGACAUCCCAGACAUAUUGUCUCGAGUACUACUGCCAGAGAUAGCGGCCAUACCCCCUUU